CUCCAUCCUCUGUCCUGUUGCUCCAGUGCCCUCACUCAGCUCCCAGGGAGACAGAGAAACUGACUUUUUAAAGGAAGGACUUUUAUUUUGAAGAAAAGGGAGGAAAAUAGAAAAGCAGCCAUGAGCUACUCAAGCAGCCGCAGCUCCACCUCGUACCGCCGGGCCUUCGGAUCCACCACACCCAUGAGCUCCUACACCCCUAUCUCCUCCUCCACCCGCCUGUCCCUCUCGGCGGGGCGCCACCUGAGCUCCGCCUCGCCCAUGACCUCCCGCUCGGCGGGCUACAGGGUCCGCUCCAGCACGCCCGGCCCGCGCCUCUCCUACGACAAGGUGGACUUCUCCCUGGCCGAGGCCACCAACCAGGAGUUCCUGGCCACCCGUAGCAACGAGAAGGCCGAGCUCCGGGAGCUGAACGACCGCUUCGCCAGCUUCAUCGAGAAGGUGCGCUACCUGGAGCAGCAGAACGCCGGCCUGCAGGCCGAGCUGGGCCGCUACAAGGACCAGAAACAGGAGCCCGGGCGCGCCAACGAGAUGUUCCUGCGUGAGCUUCGGGAACUGAGGCAGCAGCUGGAGACAGUGGGGAAGGAGAGGGACCACAUUCAGGUGGAGAGAGACAACCUGGCCGAGGACCUGGCCCUCCUCAACCAGAGACUGGACGAUGAAGCUCAGAAACGAAUGGACGCCGAGAACAACUUGGUUCUUUUCCGGAAGGAUGUGGAUGACGCUACUUUGUCCCGUCUGGAGCUGGAGAGGAAGAUCGAGUCGUUGAUGGAUGAGAUCGAGUUCCUGAAGAAGAUCCAUGAUGAGGAGAUCCAGGAGGUCCAAGUGAGUGUGCAGAGCCAGCAGCUGCAGGUAGAGAUGGACACAGCCAAACCGGACCUGACCGCCGCGCUGAGGGACAUCCGGGUCCAGUAUGAGAGCAUCGCCUCCAAGAACAUGCAUGAGGCCGAGGAAUGGUACAAAUCCAAGUUCACUGAUCUGACAGACUCUGCCAACCGGAACACUGAGGCCCUGCGACAGGCCAAACAGGAUGCCAACGAGUCCAGGAGGCAGAUCCAGUCACUGAGCUGUGAAGUAGAGGCUCUGAAGAGCACGAACGAGGCACUGCUUAGGCAGAUGCGGGACAUGGAGGAUCAUUUCGCAGUGGAGGCGGGUGGCUACCAGGACGCGGUGUCCGGCCUGGAGCAGGAUAUCCGCCAACUGAAGGAAGAGAUGGCUCGCCACCUGCGCGAGUACCAGGACCUGCUCAAUGUGAAGAUGGCCCUGGACAUUGAGAUAGCCACCUACAGGAAGCUACUGGAGGGAGAGGAGAGCCGCAUCACUGUCCCCAUUCACAACAUGUCCUCCAUGAGUAUUCGCAGCUCUGAUUUUGACCUCCCUCCAGACACACACAGUAAAAGGACGGUUCUUAUAAAGACCAUAGAGACUCGAGAUGGGGAGGUGGUGAAGGAGUCCAGCAAGGACAGAGAAUUUGACAAGGACACUUAGACUUACUGUUCCAGCUCCAGAUGAAGAAAAAAAAGAAGGAAAAAGAAACAAUAAAGACCACAAACACAAUAUCAAAUCCCCCGCCUUCCCCGACCCCGUCCUGACCUCCCUCCAUUCCUGUGUACCUGUACUGCCUUUGCUCAUCCUGGAGCCACACCCAUAACCCGGAUGGAGUUUAAGAACCACACGUGAUAAUAAACUGAGCCGGUAGUCCUACCUGUCAGCUGACAAGGUGUGAAAUCUCCAGUCCACUUUUAUCCGCUUCGGUCUGCUCACAUGGAGAGGUGCAGCCCUGCUCCUGGAGAGACGCAGGGUUUGCUGGCUUUCAGUGUUACUUAGCUCUUAAUCAGUCAAUUAAAGCAGUAGAUGAUACGUUAAUAGGUUAAGACAUUAACAUGAAGUUAACUGCCCUCACCAGGUUUUUGGGUGGGUCUGCAUUUGUUGAUGAUUUAGAGGUGAAAACUAAAAGCAGCAAACCUAUGCAGCUGUCCCGGACCAGGAUUGCAGACCCCUGCACUAAUGCUAAUAUUUUAGCCUACAUUUUUUUGUAUUAUGCAGAGCCUGGAUGCAAGGAGUGGUGUGUGUCCAUCCACUGUUGCUUCUGGUUUGAUAUGAGUGGUGAUCGUAGCAUAGCAGCCUGCUUUAUUCUCCCAUGAUGCACUGGGAUCCCUGCCCUCUCCAGUUAUGCAGUGAGCAAUGAAGGCCUAUCUGUAGCACUACCUGCCCCACUGUCUGCCUGGACAAUACUGCUGAUGGCUUGUCUUCAUAUGGGAGCAAAUGAUAAUAAAGCUUUGUGGAACAGU